UGCAGGUUUCAGACCGGUUUGUAGCCGAUACCGAGUAGGACGCCGGGGUUGUGAACCCCUCAUAUCUGUUUGAUAAAGAAGAACACCGGAUUGUCACGUUCACCAACCGGGACGACGAAUUAAACCACUGACCGGAUACAAGCUGAAGAACUUCAAAGGACGAAACAGGGGACAUUUUGUUCAACUUUGAGCUGUCAGUUGCGGUAAGGGAGGUCGGGGGAGAAGAUUUCCAGCCGUGGGGAACCCCAAGCGGCCCGGUUCCACAUCAGCGACCGAAGCCAGGGAGCGGGGGAGCCGCGAAGUCGGGGAGCGGCGUGUCGGCCGGCGGAUCUUUUAUCACGUUUUAACCUGCGCAAGGAGCAGUAAUCACUGGGUGCCGGGUCAUCCGGACAGAGACCUCAUGAAUGGAAAUCGGAACAACAGGAGCCGUUGGAGCCCAAGCCCUUUUCUCGUUGCCACGGCGACCUGGCUAUGGCACCAUUGGGAAGCCAAUCAAGCUUCUGGCCAACUGCUUCCAGGUGGAAAUACCCAAGAUCGACGUCUAUCUGUAUGAGGUGGACAUCAAGCCUGAUAAAUGCCCUCGCCGGGUCAACAGGGAGGUGGUGGACUCCAUGGUUCAGCAUUUCAAGGUGACCAUCUUUGGCGACUGUCUGCCAGUUUACGAUGGAAAGAGAAGCCUCUACACUGCUAACCCUCUUCCUGUCGCCACUGGUGGGGUCGACCUGGAUGUCACCUUGCCAGGUGACGGUGGGAAGGACCGCCCAUUUAAAGUCACCAUUAAGUUUGUGUCGUUGGUCAGCUGGCACAUGCUGCACGAAGUCUUGACGGGACGCGCUGUGUCUGAGCCGGUGGACCUGGAGAAACCGAUCAGCACCAACCCCGUUCACGCCGUGGACGUCGUCCUUCGACACCUGCCCUCCAUGAAGUACACGCCCGUCGGACGAUCCUUCUUCUCCUCCCCAGAGGGCUACGACCACCCGCUAGGUGGAGGAAGAGAGGUUUGGUUUGGCUUCCAUCAGUCAGUACGGCCAGCUAUGUGGAAAAUGAUGCUCAACAUUGAUGUGUCAGCCACAGCUUUUUAUAAAGCCCAGCCAGUCAUCCAGUUCAUGUGUGAGGUUCUGGACAUUCACAACAUCGACGAGCAGCCCCGCCCUCUCGCUGACUCCCACAGGGUCAAGUUCACUAAAGAGAUCAAAGGUCUUAAAGUGGAAGUGACACACUGUGGAACCAUGCGUAGGAAGUACAGAGUGUGUAAUGUAACACGACGCCCUGCCAGCCUCCAGACAUUUCCGUUGCAGCUUGAGAAUGGUCAGACGGUUGAGCGCACAGUGGCGCAGUACUUCAGGGAGAAGUACAACCUGCAGCUGAAGUACCCCCACCUGCCGUGUCUGCAGGUGGGCCAGGAACAGAAACACACCUACCUGCCCCUGGAGGUCUGCAACAUCGUAGCUGGACAGCGCUGCAUUAAAAAACUAACAGAUAACCAGACGUCGACCAUGAUCAAAGCAACGGCCCGCUCUGCGCCAGACAGACAGGAGGAGAUCAGCAGGCUGGUGAGGAGUGCAAAUUACGAGGCCGACCCGUUCGUCCAGGAGUUUCAGUUCCGCGUGCGAGAUGAGAUGGCACAGGUGACGGGCCGCGUCCUGCCGGCCCCCAUGCUGCAGUAUGGCGGCAGGGUGAGCUCUGAACAAUUUAUGAACCGCACGGUGGCCACACCCAGCCACGGGGUGUGGGACAUGAGGGGGAAGCAGUUUCACACCGGAGUGGAGAUCAAGAUGUGGGCCAUCGCCUGCUUCGCCACCCAGAGGCAGUGCAGAGAGGAGAUCCUUAAGAGCUUCACUGACCAGCUGCGUAAAAUCUCAAAGGAUGCUGGGAUGCCGAUCCAAGGCCAGCCAUGCUUCUGUAAAUACGCCCAGGGUGCUGACAGCGUGGAGCCCAUGUUCAGACACCUGAAGAACACCUACGGUGGGCUGCAGCUCAUCAUCGUGAUCCUGCCGGGGAAAACACCUGUCUACGCUGAGGUGAAGCGGGUGGGAGACACUCUCCUCGGCAUGGCCACUCAGUGUGUGCAGGUGAAGAACGUAGUGAAGACGUCCCCUCAGACCCUCUCAAACCUCUGCCUCAAGAUCAACGUCAAACUGGGAGGAAUCAACAACAUCCUGGUUCCACACCAACGACCCUCUGUGUUCCAGCAGCCUGUCAUCUUCCUCGGGGCUGAUGUCACUCAUCCUCCAGCGGGAGAUGGGAAAAAGCCAUCUAUUGCAGCGGUGGUGGGCAGCAUGGACGCCCACCCCAGCAGGUACUGUGCUACAGUGCGGGUCCAGAGGCCCAGACAGGAGGUCAUCCAGGACUUGGCUUCCAUGGUGCGAGAGCUCCUCAUCCAGUUCUACAAAUCGACCCGCUACAAGCCAACCAGGAUCAUCUUCUACAGAGACGGAGUGUCCGAGGGACAGUUCAGACAGGUGUUGUACUACGAGCUGCUGGCGAUCAGGGAGGCUUGCAUCAGUCUUGAGAAGGAUUACCAGCCGGGGAUCACUUACAUCGUCGUACAGAAACGCCACCACACACGUCUCUUCUGCGCAGAUCGUAACGAGCGGGUUGGACGAAGUGGGAACAUUCCUGCCGGCACCACAGUGGACACAGACAUCACCCACCCCUACGAGUUUGACUUUUACCUCUGCAGUCACGCUGGAAUCCAGGGUACGAGCCGGCCUUCCCACUACCACGUUCUGUGGGACGACAACUGUUUCACCGGCGAUGAGUUCCAGCUCCUCACCUACCAGCUGUGCCACACCUACGUCCGCUGCACGCGCUCCGUCUCCAUCCCAGCGCCGGCCUACUACGCCCACCUGGUGGCCUUCCGAGCCCGCUACCACCUGGUCGACAAAGAGCACGACAGUGCGGAGGGCAGCCACGUCUCAGGGCAGAGUAACGGCAGGGACCCCCAGGCGCUGGCCAAGGCCGUUCAGAUCCACCACGACACACUGAGGACCAUGUACUUCGCCUGAACGCCCCCCCUCCACUUCCCUCCAUCUUCCCCAGCCCCUCAGCCAGUCUUAGUGUCCCACUUCCACCCAGCCGCCUUGUGCGGCCCGCAGACUGGCGUAGCUUUGGCCACCAGACCUCGAUGACGAGGGCCGCAGGCCGUGUGAGGACGUAAUAAGCCAGAGAGGAGUCACAGCCACAUUAUGCAAAUUGAAACCAGCCAAUCGUUUCUGUGCUCCCGCUCAUGCGUCUCCUUCUCACCUACAUCUCUGCUGUAUUUAAAUCCCGUUGGACUGUGUCUCCUUUAGAGCUCGCAAGUCAUGUCCUUGCCUUCCAGUUUUUGACAGCAGCUCAACGUUUUAGCUUGCUGUUAUUUCUUUCGUGUGUUUUUAAAGAAUGGCGGAGCAGCAGGGAAUACAAAAACUGAAGAUUUAUUUGGUGCAUGGGCGGGCAUGAAGCAGAACCAGUGAGGACCUGACUUGCUCCGUAGCAUCAUGUUGAGCUGCUGGUUUAUAUUGUAGACGGUUUUUACAUGUUUAUUUGUUGUUGUUUUUUUUUUUUGUUUUUUUUUAAGCUUCUCUAGAUACAAUACUGUAUGUGUUAUCUCUCUGUCGAGCAAAUGCGUGAUUGCCAUGGCAACACGUUAGCAGAGUACGCUCGUAAACGGCGUGCCGCCGUGUUGGUUACUCUCCUGUCUCCCUUUAAGCCAGUGGUUCCUCACAGUCAUUGAGAAGCGUAAAUCUGCACUCUACCAACACAGACACUGAAUGAAAUCUUUUUUUUUUUGUUAAACAAAGCCACGUACAGCCAUCGAUGAGUUAGCGUGUAUCGCUUGAAGCCUUACUGCGAGGCAGGUCGCAUAGAGAGGACAGGUAGAAUACAAUGCCAUGGCCACAAAAUGGACAAUUUUAAAAUUCUUUCACUUACAGUUCAGCUUGGUACAAAGUGUAAUACCAAACGUUUCUUGCGUGUUUUAUUCCUCUUGCUGUUUAUGACGUGUUGUUUUUCUUUUUAACUUGAAUUAGCGUUCGUUUUCAGCAAUAGAGCAGACAGUUUUAGUCUUCUGACGACCACAAACCUUUUGACUUUUCCCACUUUUUACAUGAGGAACUGACCAAUUUAGUUGUCAAGAACUCCUUCAGUGCAAUAAGGUGUUGACGCAGAGCGAGCAGGUGCGGCAGUGAAUGUUUUCGAUGAGUAUUGGUGCGCUAAAAUUGUUGGGGGGCGAGUUUUGGCAAGUGACAAUGAGCUUGGAUUCAGGAAUGUACAGUAUUUGACAUUCUUAUGAAGAAGUAGGACUGAUGCCGCAGACGUGAGCAUCAGUCGUGGUGUCUGAUGGUGUUUGGAGAGAUUAAAUAAGUGCCUGAUUCGGUUAGAGGGUGAACUGUUGGUUGGAUGGAAGGUUUUUAAUCGUAUGUUGGUUCGGGUGCCUCUGUUAAGGAAUUUAGUGACGGUCUCAGAAUCCCAGCGAACCUUAGAAACACUGCACUGCCCGACGUGUGGCGGGACGAGCAUGGCGCGCCAAGUUUGUGUGACUAUUUUUAAUGUUUCGGUUCCUCGCGAUCAGGAAGUAAUUACUUCCAUAUCAUCUUAACCUGCUUCGUUUCCCAGCGAUCACAAAAAUAUUGUGUGAUCAGAGUGAGACGUCAUGCGAAGGUUUCAUCAUUACGCAAAAAACAAAGCUAACAUUGGUUAUGAAGCGUGACAAACUGUUUUCUCCACGUAGCACAAAAUAGUUGUUCAGUUUUCUCAAGAAAACAUUUAUAAGAAUAAAAGAAAACAUUUAUGAGAAUAAAAGCUCCAUAAUCUCAACAUGCACUCGGUAGCCGCUUUUAUUAGAUACACCUGGAAAACCAUAAAGUCUGCUUUUAUGAUGCCUAUAAUAUUCGCCGUGUGUUGACACUGUCAUAUAGAUGUUGAUUAAACAUGUCUCAGCAUUGAGGUCAUAAAAUUAAAGUUACGUAAAGAUAGUUGUCGUGCUGCUGCGUUAGGUUGUGCAGGCGUACCUAAUAAAGUGGCCACUGAGUGUAGUUUUCUGCACUUAAACGAUCAGCUCUUCCAGCUUUUUUUGCAUGAUAAUUAGUUACGUCAUGAUAUAAAUUAUCAGUCUUUGCUGCUCUGGCCGGACUUCUGACAGAUGCAGUUACUCUCGCCAGGUGAAGGCGGACACCGUCGGCUCCGACCACCUGCUGACGUCCUGUCAGUAAUCGCUGUUUGCUCUCCUCCAGUUCAACACUUCACAUCCACAUUUCAAACUCUUCAUCGCCUACAGUAUAUUUGUUGCAUUUGUUUUCCGAAGUCUGGGUUGGGUAUCUUUGAAACUGGUUUCAGUACUUGAAAUGCAGCCCAGUUCUAAGUAGGGCUGCAACUAAUUUAAUUUAAGUUUAAAUUUAAGUCCAACCAACAGUCUAAAACCCAAAGAUAUACAGAUUACUAUCAUGUAUGACAAAGAAGAGCAAAUUCUCACGUUUGAGUAGCUGAAAAUGUUUUUUUCCUUGUAAAUGUACUAAUAGAUUAACCAAUUAUCAGAAUCCUUGUUAAUUAUUUUUCUGUCGAUCGACUCAUAGUUGCAGCUCUUGUUCAGCGACGUGCUUUUCCUAAAAAUACUUUCUGCUCUGGAGAAAACGGUAUGUCUCAUGCAGACAGAUUUUCUGCUACAUUUGGACGCACUGGUGGCUCAUCAAUCUCAAAUUAGAACCAAAUAAUUAUCAAUAUCGUCACGUGAAAGGACACUUUCAUGCCUCUGAUCGCCGCCAGAUAUCUGAUCUGAAGCUCGGCCCUUGAGGGGGCUGCAUCAUGGUCUCGCAGUAUAGUUUAACACAGACGAAGCUUUCAGGCUUCGUCACUUGGACCAAACCCAAACGUGCCUGGUCGGGGUGAGGGCGGAGGACUUGGAGAGGGGGGGGGGUUCAGCUCUCGACUCUCACAGCCUUACAGCAACGUGCUGAUGGGUAGCCGCAUGUCACCAGAACCAAACUGAAGCUGCUAUAAGAAAACACAUUUAUUUAAGAUUUCAUCAGAUACAUAAAGGCUAUAUAUUAAUACAGAGAGAAGAGGAAACAGCAUUUUCCUGCACUUAAAAAGACGCGUGUUUGAGGCUUGUUAUCAGAACAGAUUGUCCCCCUCUGUGUUUGUUGUCACGUUGAAGCUGUUUCUUAAUGUCAGACAUUACCAGCAUUUGAUUUUACUUGAAGAAAAUUAGCCGUGGGCAUGUUUAACAUUGUUGGCUAGUGCUCUGCUUGUUAUUGAAAGUCUAUAUGGAGCCUUAUUCCACUCGUCGCGCCACGUACAGUAACUCGACCUCUGGAGCCUGUAGUGCUGGACAUCAGAUGCCUUUUUCCUCGAAAACAAAAGCAUUUUUAAGUCUGAAUUGAGAUAUAUUUAUAUGUAGAGAUAUUAAUGUAAUGCACACACCACUUAUUUUUUCUAACAAAGUCCUAUUUGAAGCAGAAGUGUGAUAGCUGUAGUGAAAUAUGGCGUUUAAUAACCGCAGUGGUCUGUGAUCAUUUUUCCAAAUUUGAUAAUGCAAUAGGUUUACUUGUGUGAAAAAACCGAUGCGUUCGCUGCUUUGAGCUGCUCCGUGGAGACCGCCGGGGGUUGUUUUGUCAUGUAAGUGAUCCGAUGAACCGUCAGCCCUCCUCUGCAAAGACCUGUGAAGACCUCCUGCUACUGUUAUCAUCUCAAAAGCCCAUCAAAGAAGUGAAAGACUCUGACUUUGAUGGGGUUUAUUUCUCAAUGCAUGUGCUGCAAACUGCAUCAAAGACCUUUUUUUUUAAAUGUAAAUUCACAAGAGGAGGAGGGUUGAAAGUUCAUCCUCGGACCGAUUUGUCCGUGAACAGACUGUGCCUUUCCUGAUGGUGCUGAAAAUACAAACAAGUAAAUCAAAGGAAAUCUUAACUUUCAGAAAGGGCGCGAGGCCCAAGUCUACAUUGAUAAGUAUAUAUUGAUACAUGACAAUACUGUAAGGUGUGUUUGUUUGUGUGUGUGUGUAUGUAUUUGUGUGUGUGUGGAUACCUCUGACAUAUGCCAAGAACACAAAAAUAUGCAGAACUGAUCAGUGUGGAGCUGACCGGACCAAAAGGCCUGUGGGGACCGGUUUAGUGGACGGGCACUCGCAAGCACAACCCAAAACAUUUCUGCAGAAUAAACGGCGAGGGGAACGCUCAUGACCGCGUAGGUAGCGAGUAGCUCUGUGUAGACAUUAUGUAGCAUUAUUUAUUUAACUUUAUUUCUCUGGGGACGUGACGCCUCCCUUCCCUCACUGUACGCAUGUCACUAUCUGACACCUUUAUGAUUUUAGCUUCUGUCUUCUAAUGUGAAUUUUAGACGUUUACAGACUCGGGGUAGUUCUUCGGUUGAGUCGUUCCUCCACGAGUGCCCGUUCCUCAUGUUAAGGGAUUCCCCACAAUAAUAGAUUUUUAAACCUCUGUGGUUGGCUGCAUAUCACGCUCAAAAAGAAAAAUAAUGUUUGGGUUUCACAGUAUAUUAAUGUGCUUUUUUUUUGUUUUUUGUUUUUCUUUGCCUGAUUUUUAAAUGGUGUCACUUUUAGAAAUAAAACUGUACAUCAAGACCUU